GAGGGGACUGCUCCCCUGGGGCCCAAGGAGAAGAAAUGGGCGGAGAGAACGGAGGGCCACCUUUCGACCAAGUGGGGCCCGGUGCCGGACCCCGGGACAGGCCUGGGACUCCAGACGUGGGUCCUCUCUGAUGCCCUCGACCGGGGGCUGGGAACACCUAGAGCCCAGGAUCGGACUCUGGUCCCGGGGAUUGGGAAACUCCUGAUGUAGCCAAAGCGAAUGUGGCGCUGAGAUCGCCUUCUUUGCGGGCCAGACCGGGAGGGAGCAAGGGGUGCCCAGUUAGGGCACCUUUUUGUCUUGGCCUUUUCUUGACCUUUCCAUCCCCAUUCCCUGGUCCUGACCCGCUGCUUCUGACCUUCCCCGGCCUUACCCGAAAAGCCUCCCCAGGCCCCUCCCCAACAUCAGGGGCCACUUAGGAGUUAGUGGACAGCCCCCAAAGCUGAGUGCAGCUCAGCACUCCCAGGUCCGACUGGGAUGCCUCCCCGAUCAGUGAUGGCUCCACCACCCACCCAGACUCCCUUCUCCCCUCACCUCCCAUCAGCUACUGUGGGUCCUUCUAUUCUUCCUUCUAGUAUCUGCCCGCUUCCAUGCUGUCCCCCACCAGGACGCCUGCGGCAGCUUCCCUCCUCUGGUCUCCCUGCCUCCAGCAGGGCCAGCCCACUGCCCCAUGCAGUCAGAGGGCUCUGGCUGAGGUAGAGGUGCUGUCACCUCCUCUUUCUCCCAAAUGCUGAAAGGCCAAUCUUGACCUUCACAGCUCUGGGGCCUGGUCUCUGCCCCUGUGGCCCAUUGUCUCCCACUGGGCUGUUGUUGAUGCUCAGUGUCUGCCUCUGCAGGCCCACUCUAUGCCCCUGUCUGCACUUGGCCUCCAGUGUCCUUCCUGCUCUGCCUGUCACCUGCCCUCACCCAGUGGAGUCUCCCCCAGCCAGAAGGGAUGUUUUCCCUCCUUCCCUCUUCCACGAUCCCCUCCCCCAGAACAUGACCCAGCCCUGACCCAGGCUACGGCCUCCUUCCUGCCCAGGUACCUGCUGGAGCAGCGGGACGUGGAGGUGAAUGUGCGGGACAAGUGGGACAGCACCCCCUUGUACUACGCUUGCCUGUGUGGGCAUGAGGAGCUGGUGCUGUACCUGCUGGCCAAUGGCCCAGCUACCCACAUCUCUCCUUCGACACUGUGCCGGCCUCCCUCCAGCGUCCAGCCUCCUCUCUUGCCUACCUUAUAGUGUAUUCUUCAUGUUGCAGCCAGGUAGAUCUUUUCACAACAAAUCUGAUAGGCUUAAAAUCCUCUGAGUUCCCACUGUGUUUAGGUUAAACUAGACUACGUUGCCAUGCUCAUGAGGUUCCACAGAGUCUGUCCUUCCCUUGUUGGUCUCCUCUCCUGUGGCUCUCCCACCUGCACACCGUUCACGCAUAUUGGCCUUCUCUGGUGCUCCAUGAUGCCAUACCUGCUCCUGUGCCUGCUCCUGCUCCCCCUUCUGCUCUUGCUUCUGCUCCUGUGCCU